AUGUGGUGGAGGGCAAUUGCGCACGCAGCACACCUUCUCGCGCAUUCUUUGGCCUGCGCAGCAGAACCGGGGUGUGGCCUUGACUGGACACACAUCCUUGGUGAAGAGCCCAUUUUUUUUGUGCAAGGGCUCGCCCGCCUGGGCAGCCAAGAAGGGCGACGAGCAGCGAAAACUCCACCCAUUCGCUCACAAAUGACCAGGGUGGUGCCACGACAAGUGCUAUGUUAUGUUCACCCCGUGCAAAGGAAAAAAAUUCUUCAUUGCACCCCAUCCGCACCCCUGCCCCUUGGCUCCGACAAAAGGAGGUUAGCGCGAGCUGCAGCCUUUGGCCCUUUGCAAAACUUUCCCCACCACACCUCUUGCCCUGCUCGCGCGUGCAGCAGGUACGGGAGUCCUUCGACUUCUUAUAAUCACGGCUCUGCCCUCGGAAGCACCUCGCAACUCCGGACUCUCCCUUUCACUUCCACACAGCAAGACACCCCACCAGCACCUCCAACAUUAAGCAAGACAACAGCAAGUGAUCACAUCACAACCACGCCAACAAGCUCUCGUACAUACCUCGCUUUUGUGGUAUUCCUCGUGUCUGACAGACCGAACACGACAAGGCUCGAAAACUCACCGCACACACGUACAAUACCGACCGACGCCAUGUCUUUCGACCAGCCAAGCACCUACCGGUCUUCGAACCAAACACUCUCGCCAUCGGCAUCCCACACCAGCCUCUGCUCGAUCCGAAGCACUUCCUCCGCCGGCCUCGACACGGCACAGCUCACCGAGAAGGCUGCGAAGGAACUCCGGGCCUACGCUCGCUCGUUCGAGUCGGUCCGCCUACAACGUCGCCGCUCAGCAUAA